GAGUUAGUUGUAAAUGCUGAUGUCUUUGAAAAGAUGAAGAAACUAAGACUGUUAAAACUUAGUGGGCCCGUACGGCUUUGUGGACAGCGUACAUAUCUGUCAAAUGAAUUACGUUAUCUUGUUUGGGAUGGUUAUCCACUAGGUUUUCUGCCAUCUAAUUUCCAUCCACAAAAUCUUGUUGAACUUCAGCUUCCAAGUAGCCCUAUCAAACAAAUUUCAACUGCAAUCAGCUCUUCAAAUAAGUUAAAAUCGCUUCGUCUUAGUUGCUGUCGAUAUUUGAAAGAAACUCCUGAUUUGUCCAGUCUCCCAUGUCUCGAGCGUUUACAUCUUAUGGAAUGUGUAAAUUUAGUUAAGGUUCACCUUUCCAGUGGAGUUCACAGCAGGCUUGGAAGAGUGCGUCUCGACGGAUGUAUAAAACUGAGUAAUUUGCCAAGAAGCAUUCAGUGGACAAAUCUGGUAGAAUUUCAUUUAUCAGGAUGUGUAAAACUGGAGAAUUUUCCAGAGAUUCAAGGGGAUAUGGAUCGUUUGGACAGACUUUACUUAGGGAAUAGUGGAAUAAACGGUUUACCAUCAUCAUUUGAGCAUCUUAGUGGGCUACAGGUAUUAGAUCUAACGGGGUGCCAAAAGCUUAAAAAUGUUCCAAACAACAUUUUUUGUAGAAUGAAGCGUUUACAUUCCCUUUAUAUGGAAAGAGUUGCUAUGACACAGUUACCAUCAUCCAUUGAACACUUGAGUAAACUUGGAAUACUUUAUUUCUCUCAUUUUCAAAAACAAUAUACCAAGCAUACCAAGCAUUUCCAGAUGCCAUUUUCAUUUUUGGGAAAGAGAAAAAGAGGCAAUUCAACUUAUUUGCAUCUGGAAAUGCUCUCCGGUUUGUGCAAUGUAACUCGUUUACAACUCAGUAACUGCAAUUUAUCAGAAGAAUCUUUUCCGAAUGAUAUUAGCAGCCUUUCCUUUUUGAAAUAUUUAGAUGUGAGUGAAAACAAUUUCGUUCACAUACCAGCAAGUUUCAUUCAACUCAGGAAACUUGGCUGGAUUGAUUUGGAACAUUGCAGAAGCCUCCGAACGUUGACGUCACUUCCGCCAUCCAUAAGAUAUGUGAAUGCACAUGGUUGCGAAUCAUUGGAACGGUAUUGGAUUCCAAGUAGUGAAAAAAGUCCAGACAAACGGAUAUUCAUAUUCAGUGAGUGCCACAAAUUGGUUAUGGAUGAGAGGAACAACAUGCCAAGUAUAUCACCAGAAAGUCAGCCCCAGGAAAAUUUUGGAAUCAUUUAUCCAGCAACUGAGAUUCCGCAUUGGUGCAGCCAUAAGAUUGAGGAGGAAGAACGUUUCAAAGAAGGAAGUGGGUUUCAAAGGAGGAAGUAUAUUGGGGAUCAUUACAACAAUGUCAAAGGAAUCUUCGUCUGUGCUGUCUGUGUUGAUGUUUCGAAAUUUGCUAAUGAGCUCUCAAGAUCAGUGCUUAUUGAGCUGAAAAUCAAUGGUUAUCCCUUGCCGGAUCUGGGUUUCUCCUUUGAGAAUUUGUCAAACCAAGCAGCAAUUUUUACACACACAGCAGAAUAUUACGAUAUGGAUGAAAAGGACUUUCGACCAAUUAUAAAUUUGAUGAAGAAGAAACCAAAGCUCAGCGAAGGCCCUCCCAAUAUUUGUGAUGAUAGCUGCUGCAUUGAGGCUACAAUUCGCUUUCAAAAUAUGAAUGUCAAGAAAUGGGGUAUCCAUAUAGUAAUGGAGUCAGAGCAAGCUAAGACGUCAGAGCAAGGUUCCUGUCGAAUGGGAAGUGAAGAUGAAAAGAAAAUUGAAUUAAUAGUCUCUCCCUGACUCCAGUCUCCCAGCAUGGAAAUUUUGGCUCAGAAUCCAAACUUUAUGUCACGGACCUAGAGAUUUGGCGCAGCGGCACGGCCCGUGCGGCACCAAGGCGUUGCUUCAGCUAGCGCAAGCGCCCUGGUCAGCCACCACGACCUGCCCUCCAAAUGAUCCAUGCUGACUGGUUUCGGCCUGCCUUGGCCUUGUCAUGGGAACAACUCCAGCUCCUGACCAGUUUGUGCAGAGAUGGCCAACUCCCUUCUUCAUAGUCAAGUCCACGACCAGCGACAAGCACCUCGCAUUGAACCGAGUCAACCUGCCUAAACUCUAAAGAGGUACCAUCAUGUGAUCCUGCACGCCCCUUCCCUGGAACCAUUCCGAGUCAAUGAAUGUUCUUAGCCAACCAGCAUGCGUGUCUUCUAUAUUCAUGGCGUCGUUAGGAAUCGGAACGUGACAUUUAAUAAACUUCUUUUUUUCAGAAGGAAAACAGGGGAAAAUCUUGUAUUUCCAUGUUUUUGUGAAAACAAUAAACUACAAUAGUGCUACUUGAGUAUCAAAUUGAAAAAAAAUUUAACGUCCAAUUCUUAGAUGCUCUUGUUUCAUGUGCCAAGUGCUGCUUCAUCUUCCAUGUGUGCGAUGUUGAAGGUCCUAAGUUCAAUUUCAUGGUGCUUAACAUUUCCUUCCUUAUUUAUUUAUUUUAUUUUUUGUUUUUAUUUAUUAUCAUAUUAUUUUGUUUACAUUAUUACUAAUUUUUUUUUAUUUUUAUCAUUGUUGUUGAUCCUCUUGUUUUGUUUUGUCUGAAAUUAUUUAUUGGGAUAGUUUCUUGGAGUUCGUUUUUUAAUCUUCAGGGCUUUUUAUCUCAAUUGCUAUUCUAGAAGCAUGAGAGAAAGGCUUUGUUAAUUUGUGUUGAAGCUUUGAAGGCAAUUUCUCUGUGAUUAAAUUAUGGAUUUUUUUAUAUUAUUUUUUUUGAUAACAAAUAAAACCUACACAAAAAAAGUACAAAUGGAAAAAGAAAAGAAAAAAGGGGAAAGAAUUAAUCAUUCAGGAAGAUACUUGGGUGUGUAUUUCUGACGGCAGAGUAGACCUGGUCUUGAUUUUUUUAAAUAUGAUAAGCGUUGCUUGCAAUAUCCUAGGUGGUGAUCGCUUUGAGUUAUUUUGUUUCCAGUUACUAUAACACUUAUAAAAGGGUUCUUUUCUUUCUCCCUUUAAAAACUCUCUUUAUUAAGGGGCACAUUUCUUUCUCACGCCCUCUUUCUCUCUCUAAACUCUUUCUAAAUUUUUUUGGCCGCUAUGUAAUUCUUCCAUGUGCUUGAUUGACGUUUUCGAUGCCGUAUGUUUUUGUUGAGAAGAUUGAGAGUGAAAUUGAUAAGAUUCGGAAGUUUUGGUUAAGUUUUCGAAAAUUAUUUUUCUCCGUAAAAGAAUUUUUUUUUUUUUUUUUUUAGGACUACCAAACAAACACCAUAAAACAAGAAAAUAUUUUUCAGAAAAUAUUUUAAGUUCAAACAAAUAGAGCCAAAGUGAAUACGGAGAUUUAAGGGUAAGUUUUGUUCUUAAUGCUAACUUCGUAUUAAAGACAUGCUCUGUGCAGCUUGCCAUUGUAAUCAAUGAUCAGUGAAUUUUUUUGAAUGAAUAAGUUAAGGCUUCUAAUGAAAAUCCUUUUACCCUUUGUUUGUGUUCAGGUUUAAUUCUA